AUGGAUAUCGCAUCAACGGUAGGAUCUGAGAUCACUGCCGUGGAUUUUGGCUUCCUGAGUUCUGCGGAAAUCAGUAAAUUAUCUGUCAAGCAGAUCACAAACCCAGAGGUGUUUGACAAUUUGGGACACCCGGUUGCUGGUGGCUUGUACGAUUUGGCGUUAGGCGCAUUCCUAAAAAACCUUUGCGGUACAUGUGGUCUCGACGACCGUUAUUGUAUGGGUCACAUUGGCCAUAUUGAUCUGCCAAUCCCCGUCUACAACCCAAUGUUUUUCAGCCACAUGUACGUCCUUUUGCGCUCAGCGUGUUUGUAUUGUCACAGAUUCCGUCUGCGAUAUUUAGAAACCCAUUUGUUUGAGUGCAAACUGAAACUUCUUCAAUACGGACUCGUUCUGGAGGCCUCAGACAUUGAGGACCUUUCUUUGUCGAACGCUUCUAUGGUCGACCCUGAAGCUGGUGAGCUACCCAACGAAAAAGACAAUGAAAAGCUGAUUGAGGCCCGGAACAAAUUCGUCGAGCAGGCAAUAGCUGCAGCCAUUGCUUCCGGACAGGCACCUCAGUCGGGUGUUCGGACUCCUAACAUUUUCCAAGAGCGCAAGAAUGUCAUCAAGCAGUUUUAUUCUCGUCUACUCUCGCGAGCAAAGUGUGAUAACUGCGGUAUGUUCAGCCCCAAAUUUCGCAAGGAUGGCCUGACGAAAAUUUUCGAAACUGCCCUUAGUGAUCGCCAAAUUAAUCACAACCGUGUCAAGGGCCUCGAACGCCGAACAAUGGUGUUCUCGGACAAGACAGAGACUGAUAUCCCCACUGGAGAAGAGGAACUGAUCACUGAAGUUCCAAAAGUAAAAGAAAGAAACGGUAACCGCUUCAUUCUCAGUAACGAAGUUUGCAAUAUUUUGCGAGCACUUUUCCGUCGUGAACAAGAUUUAUGCAAGGCUCUCUUCCAGAGUAACCCUAAUUCUCAUGAAUACGUUUCCGGUGAUAUGUUCUUUGUUCAUAAAGUUGUUGUUCCUCCUACUCGGUUCCGUCUGCCAAGUCAAUUGGGCGAGGAAGUCCAUGCCAACCCCAUGAACGAGCUCUUGUCAAACAUUCUCACUUCAUGUCUUCGCAUCCGUGAUCUUAGUGAAGAGAUUGAUCUGAUGACCCUAAACAAACAGGGCGGUGAGCAGAGAAAGCUCGUUUUCACUCAGCUCAUGAAUCAAUUCGUUACGUUGCAGGGUGAAUACAAUGGCGUGAUUGAUUCCACCAAAAACCAAAACUCUACCGCUAAGGCUCUUGCUCUGCCGGGUAUUAAACAGACCCUCGAACGUAAGGAGGGCUUGUUUCGUAAAAACAUGAUGGGAAAGCGUGUAAACUAUGCCGCCCGCUCUGUUAUUUCGCCUGAUCCCAAUAUCGAGACAAAUGAAAUUGGUAUUCCUCCAGUUUUUGCCGUUAAAUUGACUUACCCGGAGCCUGUCACUAGCUAUAAUUAUGAGGAAAUGCGCCAAGCUGUCAUUAACGGUCCUGAUGUGUGGCCUGGUGCCACGAUGAUUCAGAACGAGGACGGAAAACUUGUUUCGUUGGCUACUAUGACUGUGGAACAGCGUACUGCCUUGGCCAACCAGCUCAUGACGCCAUCGGCGACUCUCAAAAACCCUCUUGGUGUUAACAAAAAAGUUUAUCGUCAUAUUCGCAACCAUGAUGUUGUUCUUAUGAACCGUCAGCCUACUCUCCACAAGGCUUCUAUGAUGGGUCAUAAUGUUCGUGUCUUGCCUAAAGAGAAAACAUUGCGUUUGCACUAUGCAAACACUGGUGCCUACAACGCUGACUUUGAUGGUGAUGAGAUGAACAUGCAUUUCCCCCAAAAUGAGGCUGCUCGAGCCGAGGCUCUGUUGCUGGCAAAUACAAACUCACAGUAUUUGACCCCCACUAGUGGUAAGCCCUUGCGUGGUCUCAUUCAAGAUCACAUUUCUGCUGGUGUUUGGCUCACAAACAAGGACACUUUCUUCUCCCGUGAACAGUACCAGCAACUCGUCUAUGGUGCUAUUCGCCCUGAAAAUGGCCAGUUUACCUCUGAUCGUGUUUUACAGCUCCCUCCUGCGAUUGUAAAACCCCGUCCUAUGUGGACCGGUAAACAGGUCAUUUCCACAAUCUUACUCAAUGUCAAGCCCGCAGGUCGCCCUGGUCUCAAUCUUACAGCCAAGAACAAGAUCAAGAAUGAAUACUGGGGUCCUCAUUCGGAGGAGAACUUGGUUAUUGUUCAUGAUGGUGAAUUGGUUUCGGGUAUCCUAGACAAGUCUCAGUACGGUGCUGCGGAUUAUGGUUUGGUCCAUGCUUGUUAUGAAGUUUAUGGACCGGAUAACGCAGGUUUGCUCUUGUCUGUCCUUGGCCGUUUAUUCACCAAGUACAAUAUGGAUAAAGCUUUGACCUGUGGUAUGGACGAUUUGCGCCUGACCGAGGAGGGUGAUAAAUGGCGUGUCGAUCUUCUCCAGCAAGCCCGUGAAGUUGGUCUCCAGGCUGCUAUUGAGGUCACAAACAUGCCUGAAGGUACCAAGGAGGAUGAUCCAGAGCUGAAAAAGCGCCUCGAGGAGAUUUUGCGUGAUGACGAGAAGCUGGGUAUUCUUGAUGCUAUAACACAAUCGAAGGCUAAUUCCGUUACCUCGAAGGUCGUUUCUACCUGUAUUCCUAAUGGUUCUGAGAAGUUGUUCCCGCGCAACAGUAUGCAGGCAAUGGCUCUUUCAGGUGCCAAGGGUUCUAACGUUAAUGUUUCUCAGAUCAUGUGUGGCUUGGGCCAGCAGGCUCUCGAAGGCCGCCGUGUGCCUGUUAUGGUUAGUGGUAAAACUUUGCCCUCUUUCAAACCAUUUGAAACUAAUGUGCGAGCUGGUGGCUACAUUGCUGGGCGUUUCUAUUCAGGUAUCAAACCCCAGGAGUACUACUUCCAUUGUAUGGCUGGUCGCGAGGGUCUUAUUGACACCGCAGUUAAAACCUCUCGUUCUGGUUAUCUUCAGCGUUGUCUUAUCAAGCAGCUCGAGGGUGUCAAGUCUGAAUACGACAACACUGUUCGCGACUCUGAUGGCUCCAUCAUUCAAUUCAUGUACGGUGGUGAUAACGUUGACCCCAUCAAAGAGUCGUACCUCAAAGAGUUUGAGUUUUGCUCCAAGAACUACGAGACCUUGCUUCUCCGUCACUCUCCAGAAUUCUUGGGUGAGCUCAAUGAUACAGAUGCUAUGUCGUACUCCAAGAAGGCCCGUAAGCAUCUGAAGAAGUCUCCCGAGUCUGCAAAGUACGACCCUGUUCUGUCAGUGUACAACCCUGGCAGAUAUCUAGGAUCUGUUUCUGAACGUUUCCAAGAUGAUCUUGACGAGUUCAUAGAGUCACACAAGAAUGAGUUAAAGCACAAAGCUCCCAAGUUCGAUCGCAAGUUCCGCUCUCUGAUGCAACUCAAGUAUCAACAAUCUUUGGUCAACCCUGGUGAUUGUGUUGGUAUCAUUGCUUCACAGUCUAUCGGUGAGCCCUCAACCCAGAUGACUUUAAACACUUUCCAUUUCGCUGGUCACGGUGCCGCUAAUGUCACUCUAGGUAUUCCUCGUUUGCGUGAGAUUAUUAUGACAGCUUCUGCUCAUAUCAAGACUCCUCAAAUGACUAUGCCCAUUAAUGCCAACGUUAGUGAUGAACAUGCGGACUUCUUCUGCAAGAAUGUCACACGUUUGAUGCUGAGCCAGUUGAUCGAUAACAUCGUGGUCACUGAGCGUACUGGUCCUAAUGUGCAUGGCCAGUACGUUCGCCAGUACACCAUCCGUGUAAAUCUUUAUACACGUGAAGAGUACGAGACCGAGUAUGAUGUAUCUCAGCGUGAGGUCGAGACUGUCCUGAGCAACAAAUUUUUGAUGAGUUUCGAGGACGCGGUUGUUAAGGAGCUUCGUAAACAAAAGAAGAGCGACAGCAGUACUGUCGUUGGAAAAUCAGUGAAGAAGACUGACACUGCUUCUACUGCCACCAAGAAGAAGACCAGCGAGAAUCUUAUUGAUGACGAGGCUCUUGAAAGUGGUGAGGAAGAUAUCGACUCUGAUGCUGAGGACGCUGAUGAGGACAGUGCAAAGGCUCACAUUCGUGAGGAAGAGGAAGAAAAUGAAUCCCCAGUAGAGGAUUCAGAGUCCGAAGAUGAGGACCUGGAUGAAGUCGAAACCGAGUCUGAAUCUGAAGAGGACGAAGGUGAUGCCAUGGAGGUCGAUAGCGAGCCUAUUGUUAAGAAGCCCACAGAACUUAGUCUUACAGCCAAACAACGCCAGGAUGCAGUCAUUCAGAUGCACCGCACUGUCACCAAGUUCAACUUUGACGAUGAGAUGGGAGAAUGGUGUGAGUAUGUUGUUGAGUACCCUGCCAGUACCAAGAAGCUGCUGAUGGUUAACUUGCUAGAGGAUGUGUGCCGCAAGGUUGUUGUUCGCGAGGUCCCCAAGAUCGAGCGGUGCUUGCGUCCUUCCAAGCAUGACGCAGGCCGUGUUCUCGUCACCGAGGGUGUCAACUUUGGUGCCAUGUGGCUGGAAGACCUAUUUAUCGAUGUCAAUGGAAUUAUGUCCAACGACGUCAGUGCUGUGCUCCACACGUAUGGUGUUGAGGCUGCUCGCGCUACUAUUGUUCGGGAAGUGUCUAACGUUUUCCGAACCUACUCCAUUGCAGUCAACCCUCGACACUUGGGCUUGAUUGCAGACACUAUGACACGUGAGGGUACUUAUCUGCCUUUCAGUCGUCAAGGCCUGGACUCUAGUGUCUCGCCCUUCCAGAAGAUGAGUUUCGAAUCUACUUGUCAGUUCCUUACCAAGACGGUACUUGAUGGUAAUGUUGACAGCCUGGAAAACCCCUCAGCUCGUAUUGUUGUUGGCCGCCCUAUGCAGGGCGGUACAGGCUCAUUCGAUCUUUUCACUAAGGUCGGUGAAGUCUCUGCAUAG